UGUUCACUCUCCGGACCUUGAGGUGGCGCUGUACCAUUAGCUGCAAAGCUCCUUAAAGGAAAAGAAGACGAUAGUUGCGGGAAAACUGAAGCUGUUGAUUCCUGUUUUGGUCAUUUCAUCGUUUAAGACUAGCAGAUACUGGGACAACAAUACAAGCUGUGUGACAUGACCAGAGUCUUAACGUUUUUGGAGCCGGACCAUUUGACAUAAUGAAACUGAAAAGGUCACCAUUCAGUCAACACUAGGACAUUUCAAAGACAUUGUGUGCAUGGUCUUUUUUAAAAAAACACCAAUGGAAGCACCAAAACCUGCAGAUGUCAAAAAGGGGAUAUCAGCCCUUUGGGAGACUCUUCAAUGUCCCAUAUGCUUGGAUUUAUUGACUACACCGGUAUCUACUAAGUGUGACCAUCAGUUUUGCAAAUUUUGUAUGAUGAAACUUUUGGAGAACUCUAAACAAAACAGGGCCACCUGUCCAGUGUGUAAAACCAAGAUAACCAAAAGGAGCUUGCAGGAGAGCCCUGGGUUUCAGAGACUUGUAGCAGGAUUACAGGAUAUGAUAGAAGCAUAUGAACAUGACACUGGCACAAACUACUUCACUGAAAUUUCGCAGCAAAACAGACAAACAGGUGUCAUGGAUGCAGAACCUACUAAACAUUCUUAUGAUAUAUCAUCUCGAGAGACAUCUGGGACUGACCAUGACAACAUGGAAAAUGUUAACAGUGCAGAUCUUCCAAGAUCUCACUCUUCAACUAUAGCAGCACAAAAUGGAUUUGCAAGACUUAUGGGACUUGAAGACUCAUCUCCUUUGACAGUUGAAAAUGAAGGCCGGGACAGUGGCCUUGGUGACGUCCCACCGACUUCAGAAAAGAAAAUGCACAGCUCUCCAGAUAAUUUGGAACCAACAGAAACAGAAAUGUCAGAAGUUGUGGAAAAGACAACAUCAAAACAUAAAAUAAAAGCCAAUAUGAGAUUUUCCAAAUUUGAGAAUGCCUUACUUGAUCCAUUAUUAAUUCCAGAUGAGACUGAACACAAACAUUCAAGACUGUCCAAAAGGAAAAAGCAGAAAAAGGAUUUAGAGCCUGACAAGAUUCUUGAGCAAAAACAGAAAAAAAGUGUAGAGAAGGUUACUGAGUGGCUAAUGAAAGUUCCAAUUGAAGGAAGUUGUGAGACAGAGAAGCCCGACAAAGACACAGAUGACUCUGACAGCUCUUCUUCGCCUUCGACAGUAGAUGUCAUGCAACACAUUAAUGAUGUGAAUCCUAAGAGAGAGGAUCGUACUAAAGCCCUGGAAGAGCAGGUGUUCGGAGCAGUCUAUAAACGAGAGAGAAGGGGAAACAGGACCAGCUCUCGUCCUCCUCAUGUUUUUGUUGAACCACCAGAAACUGAAGAAACACAGACAUCUCAGCUGGUUUCCAAAAGGGUGGAGGGUGGAGGAGGAUGGAGAAACAUCCUUACUCCUGCUGAUUUUUGCAAGAAAAACUUUGAGGAUGAAAAUGAAAAUGACAUUGAGGAACAACAACAGAUGACAAAAGAACUGGAUGACACCAACACUGACAUUUUUAAAGAAACCAACACUUGUGAGGAUUUAUGUUCUUUGUCUGAUACUGAACAACAACCAAAAACAAAGUCAAAGAAAAGGAUGCAAAACACUCUGCAGGAUGUUGACAGUGAUUUGCAGAAGCAAGCUAAGGCAGAAUCUGAAAAUACUGAGCAACAGAAAACAGACAAGAGAAGAGGUAAGAACACAAGGUCUGAAAAAGGAAAGCCUGCUAGGGUGGUGAAGCCCCUUGUCCUGGUUGGAGUUAAAAAUGACGAAACAAGUCCUAAGACUAGACUAGGAUCAGAAGAGGUGCAGCUACAUAUUGAGAACUAUCCUAGCAGUGGGGACCAGGACACUCCUAUCAUGAGGAACACCAGGAGAAGUAGAAGACUUCAAGGUUACAAGAAAGCAUACUUGAAAGCCAUUUUACCUGAGAAAGACAGCGAUGUUGCAAAGCAAUCCGAGGAAGCAAAAGUUGGAACACUGGAAAAUACAACAUCACCUGGAAAUGAAAGCAAGACAAGGGUGUCCAAAAGAAAUGGAUGCAUUUACAAUCAAGAUGUAGGUGGAAUUGAAACUGUGGAGCCUGCUGAGAGAAUGUCCAACACAUCAACAGAAAAUUUGAAAGAGUCUGUUGCUGAAGUGCCAAAUGCUGAAAUAUCUGAAACUAGUUCUGCUUGUUAUAUCCCUGUGGUCCUAGGAUCUCCAAGUCCAACUGAAACAGGUGUGGUAGAUGCACCACUUGAAAGUGACAAUCCAGCAAAUCAGUUUCCAAAAAAUAUUCAUUUGCAAACCUCGGCUUGCAAGAUUAAAGGCACUUUAGCAGAAAUUGGGGAUGAUAAGAAUGACAGUGAGUUGGACACGGAGCAACUGCUCAGGAGCUUCAAAGCCACUAAAAGGAAAUCUUUCCAUCUUGGUGGUCCAAAUGUGAAAAGGACCCGUGGUUUAAACAAGGAAAGCAUGAAGGAUGCUGAAGCAGAAGAGAAUGAUUUUGCUUGUUCUGGUGUUGAACCUAUGAAAAAAGAGACCUAUACAGUAACAUCUGAAAUCACCAACCAAGAGGUAUUAAGACACAAUGAGAACUCGCCUUGUAGUGAUUUGUUUUCCCCAUCUGACUCACCUGUCCAGGCAAGAAAAAACGUCAAAAAAACAGAUCAAGCGGAGGACGUUAUGAUCCCUGACACCAGUUGUUCAGGUCAGGACAAUGCUGUUGGUAACGGCCUGUCCAGGAAUAGCAUUAGCAGUCCCCUCAGUCCUAAUAAAGUGUCAAAGUGUGAAAUAGAACAUCCUCAUCUUUCUAUGGUUGUAGAAGUAGUUGAUUCCGGGCUCCGCUUCACAGCAGUUGAACAUGAGGCACAAAAUGAAGCCUCAAAGUCCUCUCAGAUUGCAGAGAGUCAACAGGAUUGUUCUGUGAGGGAUUUUGACAAAGGGAAUGGGAUAAGAGGGAAUAUUUCCUUGGGAAAACUUUGUUCAGUCAACAAGGGUGAACAUAUCUUAAAUACAGAGUCUUCUUUAACUCCUGAUGGCCUUGUAGCACCAAUUAUCCCAACUGUCCAUAACGCAAAGUCAAGCAGUGAAAGUGCCCAGCUCAGCGCAAAUUCCUCCAUCAAAAGCAACCCAAGGCAGAAGAGAAAAGCUCAGAGACUCGAGUCUUCAUCUGAAUCAGAUUGCAGUAAUGCCAAGGAGGAAAUACCAACUUUAACUCAAGUUGUCAGAACAUCAGUUCCUCCCUCUGCUGUGACCCAGGAUCAGGAAGACUCCAAUGAAGCUAACAGAUGUGAGGCCUCAUGUGCUACAGCUGAUGCAGAAGAACAGUUGAGUCGUCCACCUCCGUGUCCCAGCCCCGACAGUGUUGCUUCCAGCCAAGCAUCUGUGGACUUGUUUGGCACGCCAGAUGAAUGUGAUGUCCCUGUAAAUGACACCAGCCUUUCCAUGGAAACAUCACAAUUUUCAAGUGAAGUUCUUGUUACACAGCAAAAGAUAGAAAUCCAGAAGGAGCUGGUGAGGCUGGAGAAACUAAUGGCUCUGGUGUCAGAGGUGCUUCAGGAGAAAGAGGGCAGUCCUGCAAAAGAAGUGCCCUCGGAAAGAAAUCAGAGCAGCACAACCACAAAUGCUCACAGGUCCCUCCCAUGUGACCAGGACGCAGGCCAAAGUUCAGACCUGAAAGAUGUUCCAGAUGCAGGAGGAGACCCCAGCACAAGAGCAUCUGAUGGGAAAGGGGUCACACAUCUCGGUGUGUCAAACCAAGGUGACAUUGCAGAGAUGGCCCCCCCAGCCUCGGGGGCUCCUGUUUCAGCAGCCAAAACACUUAAGAACUGCAGUUCGCCAUCAGAUGGGCAAGAAGACAAAGAAAACAACACACCUCCAGGAGACAGACAUAAAGCUAAGAUGGUGCUAGUGUCAUCUGGAUUAGUGCCCCAUGAACAGGUAAUGGUAAAAAAGUUUGCCAAGCAAGUUGGUGCUCGUGUGGUUUCCCAGGUGACACCAGAGGUGACUCACAUCAUAAUGCACACAGAUGAACAACUGGUAUGCGAGCGCACACUGAAGUACUUCCUUGGCAUUGCUGGCAGGAAGUGGGUGGUGAGCUUCCAAUGGAUUUCAGAGUGCUUCAAACAAAAGAAACUCUUAGAAGAGAGUUUCUUUGAAGUAAGAGGUGACGUGGUGAACGGACCCAACCACCAGGGCCCCAUGAGAGCUCGUACCACUGAAGACAACAAUCUGCUCAUGAGGGGCUACAAGAUCUGCUUCCAAGGGACCUUUACAGACAUGACUACAGAUGAAAUGAGAUGGAUGGUGGAGCUCUGUGGAGCAGCUGUAAUUAAAGACCCACUCCUUCUCGACAGCGAACAGAAGUCCCAUCAGUUGGUGAUUGUACAGCCUGGAUCAGAGUCGCCAUCCUCAUACAGCAGUCUCUCCAGACAAGCCACAGUUGUGACACGUGGGUGGCUCUUGGAUACAGUUGCAACCUACUCCCUUCAAAACUACAAAAACUACUCAGCAUGAGCUGGGGAACCCACCAAGCCGUACAUUGUCUUAUUUGUCUCUCUUGACCCAUUUUACAAUGCCUGCUUUUAAUGCCAUCCACAUGUUAAGAUGAAAGCCCUGUGUAUUCAAUGUGCCUGGCGAGAUGUAUAUAAAAUGUAGAAGUUGCUCGAA